ACGACGCAUUGGCCGAGGUAGAAGGUGGUAUUACAGGGGUGUCUGAUUGCUGUGGGAGUGUGUGCUUCGCGCAGCGGUGUGAAUCACAGAAGAGAUAAUCGAAAAACAGCGGUGGAAAAACACAAGGUAGAGACAAACUUAAGGAGGGUUUGUUGAUUGGUACCGGUAUUAUAACAGAGCAUUCUCAAAUCGUUCACACUGUAUACCGGGAAACUUGCGUUUCUGUUACUUUGGGAAAGGACGGUGGAUUGGAGCAGUUUGGGUGGGACCUGGAGAUACUAAGGAGCCCAUCGCUCUGGAGUCAUUGGUAUACGAGAGUUGUAGCUGCUCCUUCCCUCCCCCACUUGUAUUCCUGGCAUUUUUCUCUGGAAUUUCUUUGCAGCCUGUCCCGGUCAUUUACAGGUAGAACGGAACUUCUGAACUGACAAUGAAUACCGUUUAUGGAACCAGGGCUACUGCAGCGGAUCACUUUUUCAGUUUAUGAGGGGGGAAAACUUUUGUGAUUGGCUUUGGUUACUGAAAUACAUCAGCAAUUUUUGUACCACUGGAGUUGGCAGCUUUAUACCUGGACCACGAACUUCGGUAGUUCGUUCUUCUAUGUAGUUGCUCAUUACUGCACUCAUUGAGUGCAAAGUAAACUAAUCUGCCAAGGAGGAUUCGCCUGUACCGGGAGAUCAAAACAUUUUUGCUACUUUUAAUUGGACGUAACUGUGUGUGCUGCGGCAUUCGCGAUAUCGGUCCCGCGGUUGGGGUAUUGUUCGGGACCGUAGAUCAUUUUAUGGAGAAAGAGCUGGGCAGCCUCUACAGUUACUGGCACACAAGCAGACAACUGCACAGAGUCAUGCUGUUGGCUCUGUAGAUUCGAUGGAGCACAGGCACCCAAUCUGGUACCACUAGCAGCCAAGCUGGGAUGUUUACUUGGGCGUUUCUCAUCUUUUGGGCAGUGCUGGUCAGUGCCACCCUCUCCUCUGCUCUCCCAGCACACAGCAGCAGCAGCCCAGAGCAAGUUCCUGCAAAACAGAAUACUGAAGCUGAGCCAUAUUCGGCCCACCCUGGUGACUUCCUCCAGUUGCGUUGUCGGCUACAGGAGGACGUGCAGAGUAUCAGCUGGCUGAAAGACUGGGUUCAGCUGUUUGAAACCAAUCGUACACGCAUCACUGAGGAGGAGCUGCAGGUCAGGGAUGCAGUGCAGGAAGACUCUGGACUGUAUGCCUGUAUAGCCAAUGGCCUCUCGGGAAGCCAGACUACAUAUUUCUCCGUUAAUGUUUCAGCAUUUCCAUCGACAGACGAUGAUGAUGACGACGAUGAAGACUCUUCUUCUGAGGAGAAAGACAGUAGUCAAUCCAAACCAAACUGUAAGUGUAAUGUGAAGUUUGAGAUUAGGUCAAAUGAAUACAUUGUGUUUCUUGGAUCCCAAAAAAAAGUGCCUUCUUGGAAAGGAGCUUUGGAAGGCUUGCCCACAUCUGUUUCCUAGUAGUUUUUUCCUUUACUUGCAAAAGAGCAUAUUUAGGUUGUCUUGUAUGGUAUUUUCUGGAGAACGGUUUGUGAAAAAUGGGCAGGAAAACUGCAGUAGGGGGUGUAAACAGUAAUUUUAUUAGGCCUGAGAUGAAGUGUUUCUCCUGA